CGCCUCACUGCCAACUUCACAAUGAGCGCCCAGGCAUACUACGAGCUCUAUCGCGGGAGCAGCCUCGGACUCUCCCUGACCGAUACCCUCGAUGACCUGAUCAACGAAGGACGGAUCGAGCCUCAGCUCGCCAUGAAGAUCCUCUCAACUUUCGAUCGCGUGAUCACAGAAGUGCUGGCGGACAAAGUGCGCGCUCGUCUGACCUUCAAGGGACACCUCGAUACCUACCGAUUCUGCGAUGAAGUGUGGACAUUCCUGAUCAAGGAUGUUACGUUUAAGCUGGACAACCAGACUACGGUCUCCGCGGAUAAGGUGAAGAUUGUGAGCUGCAAUAGCAAGAGGCCUGGUGAAGCGUAAGGGUGAAGCAUAUUCACUUUGCGUCAUCGGCUGAUGCUCUCGUUACCUCACUUGUUUACUUCGAUUUCUUCUCCUUCUGCCAGUUGUUCUGAUAGGCGUUGUUCGUUCACUUUUUUCCUCUUCAUGUGGAUUACUCUUUCUGCCAGGGCCAUGGCAAGUUGCUCGAUAUGGGGCUUUAUCAUAUUUUCGGCGUUUCGCGUUAGCAUACGAGGCUGUAUUAUGGAUUCAUUAUGGUGAUAUUAGAAUAGAUUGAAAUCAGAUACCCG